UUGGGCGCCACCUACAAUUUUCCCCGCCACGGGACACGGAAACGGGGUAUAUUUGCAAAGUGAACUAAGUGGAAAGAAUUUCAAGUUGACAUGUGUAAAAUGUUGACGACUGGUGGAUACUGCGACAAGAAUUUGAACUGACAGCUGAUGUACAUUUGCUACAAUAGGACCUCCCAGUGUUAAUUAUGGCUCGCCCAAAAGACGACGAUCCGGACAUGUUCAGGAUUAUUGUGGCUACAGACGUCCAUCUUGGCUACAUGGAAAAAGACCCAGCCCGGGGAAAUGAUUCUCUUGUGUCUUUUGAAGAAAUUCUGGAGAUUGCAUCAAAGAAUAAUGCUGAUUUUGUUCUGUUGGGUGGGGAUCUGUUCCAUGAGAACAAGCCAUCCAGAAGAACCUUACACGGCUGUAUGGCUUUGUUGCGGAAAUAUUGCAUGGGAGAUAAACCGAUCCAGUACGAAUUCCUCAGCGACCAGUCAGUGAACUUUGACCACUGUCAGUUCCCCACGUUAAACUACGACGAUCCUAACUUGAACAUCGCCAUGCCAGUGCUCUCCAUACACGGUAACCAUGACGAUCCAACAGGACAGGGAAACUUAUGUUCAUUAGAUAUUUUACACACUGCUGGACUUGUUAAUUAUUUUGGGAAAACAUCUAAUCUUGAGAAGAUUCAACUAAGCCCAUUGUUGUUUCAAAAGGGAACUACAAAAGUAUGUUUGUACGGACUUGGUUCAGUGCGAGAUGAACGCUUACAUCGAAUGUUUGUACAUAAGAAUGUGACAAUGCUGCGUCCCAAGGAAAACCAAGAAGAUUGGUUUAAUAUGUUUGUUGUCCAUCAGAAUAGAUCAAAGCACUCAGCAACAAAUUACAUCCCUGAGCAGUUCUUAGAUGAUUUCUUAGAUUUGAUAAUCUGGGGUCAUGAACAUGAGUGUAGAAUCGACCCUGAGUGGAAUGGCAUUCAGAACUUUUAUGUUAGUCAGCCAGGGAGCAGUGUUGCGACGUCUCUGAGUGAAGGAGAAACUGUGAAGAAACAUAUUGGAUUGCUGCAGAUUAAGGGAAAGGACUUUAUGAUGAAAAAGAUUCCCCUUGAAACUGUGCGUCCAUUUUAUAUGGAGGAUAUUGUUCUAGGGGAGACCAGUCUUAAUCCUGACGACCACAAUGUGUUAAAACAAGUGGAAACAUUCUGUGCAGAAAAGGUUGAGAUAUUGUUGGACAAAGCAGCUAUGGAGCACACAGGCAACCGGAAACAGCCGACCAAAGCCCUCAUACGUCUCAGGAUAGAUUACACUGGCUUUGAACCAUUUAGCAUUCACAGGUUUGGUCAGAAGUUUGUGGACCGGGUGGCAAAUCCCAAGGAUCUAGUGUUGUUUCACCGCAAAAAAGCUGGUGUCAAGAAGGAGGAGAGUGGUGCAGACAAUGAGUUGUUGGCAAUGAUCCGACCCCAGUCCCUAGACAGUGCCCGCGUGGAGGACAUGGUGCGAGACUACUUCGUCCAGGUUGAAGAGACAAGCAAGCUGCAGCUGCUGACAGAGAAAGGCAUGGGGGAUGCUGUCAAGGAGUAUGUGGACAAGGAGGAAAGGGAGGCAAUCUCAGAACUUGUCAAGUACCAGUUGCAGAAGACACAGGAUCAUCUGAAAGUGCGGAAUGCUAGUGAAGACAGGAUUGACACAGAGGUGACACAUUUCCGUGAGGAGCGGAAGAAGAGGAAAGAGGAGGAUGAAGAAGUUGCCGAGGCUCUUAAACGUGCUCAGUCCUUGCGAUCACAGACUGAGGAUCACCCCAGCGAUGACGACAGAAUGAGCCUCAACUCUGAUGAAGAGUCAAAGCCAACGAGAGGUCGAGGUCGACGAGGGAGUCGUAGUAGAGGAGCUAAAGAAACAACCCGAGGUCGUGGGUCACGUGGAGGUCGCGGGUCACGUGGGGGCAGAGGUCAAAAGAAGGAGCCAGUAAUUGCAACCAACGGGAAUAGGUCCAUCAUGGACGCUUUUGCAUCAUCUUCAUCAUCUGCCUCACAGAGGAGUGCAAGAGGAGGAAACAAGAGAAAGACGUACAGUGGCUUGGACAUGUCUGAUGAUGAUGAUGUGGUCACCAUUGAUGAUGACGAAGAUCCAUUCGAGAUUUCAUCAAGCAGAAAGCAGAAAAGCCAGAAGCCAUCGAAAAAAACUGCAUCACGCCAAGGUGUUGCAUUUGAUUCGGAUAGUGAUGAAGAAAUAAUGUCUUUUCCAAAGAGACGAAGAUGAAGAAGGCAUAUAAUAUAUAGACUUAUACAUGUAGUUAGUAACAUGCAGUGUGACUGGUACAGAUUUGUUAUGUGAGUUGAUAUAAUUGUUAGGAAGUAUAGCCACCCAUGAAUUCCUGUCCUGGAAAAUGUCUGUAUCAGUACUACCACUCAACUGAAGGUAAAGAAGACUUGAUUUUUGUUUUAUGUGAUGAUUGUCACAGGAAAAAAAGUAAGUUGUUAAUUACAUCAUGCUGUAAUGUUAUAUUGCAAUGACUAUCGCUCGUCUCUAGGGGUGUGAACAAAGACUUGUUUUGUUGGCUUUCAUUUGUUGCAACAUAAUUCUGAGAAUAUUUCACAAUUUAAAGCUUUGGAAAAGUGUAUUAAUAUUGUCACUUUUGUAUAGUCAUGGAUAAUCAAUUACCUUUGUUACAUUGUUUGUUUCCCAAAUGUGAAUGUUCAACCAGAAAUUGAUAUGUACAGAAUUAAAUUCUGACAUAUAUGACAGUAUAAGAUCAGUGAACAGUUAAAUUAUGUUCAAAUACCAAAGGUUAAAGUUGAUGAGAGGUAAUACAAAAAGGUAGGGCAGCAGCAACAACAAUUAAUGCCGAAGUCAGGGCAUACAAAACUGUCCUGUCUUUCGAAGCCUUUGAAUAUCAUUAAAUGAAGCAUGUACUCCAUAAUUUUCCAAAAGGUAUCCCAAUCACACUGGACAAGUCAUAGGUAGAGGUGCUGCAAUUGCCCUCAUGUCACUCCUUUAAACAAUACUUAGAAACAGGAUAUCAGAGUUUGCUUCAAGAACCAGGUAAUCAUUUCCAGAAGUGUAAACUGUAAAGGUUUACUGAACUAGCUCCUCAUUGGUUAUCCCCAUAUAUUAACAAAGGUGAUUAACUGGGUCUGGCCCAUCAGACCAGUUUCCACUAGAUUUCAUUGGAGAUAAAAUUACAAUCUUCCAUAAAAAUCUGGCUUACAGUUAGUUUUCAGCAACGUGUGCUUGUCAAUCACUGGAUUGUCCGGUCCACACCAUAUGGACAGAAUAUUGCAACAAACGUACGGCUACAGUACAUUGUAGGUCAGAAAUCUCAACUUUUAUAACAACGAUAGUAAGUGACUAUUUCUGGUUCCAUUUCAUGAUGUCAAUCAACACUCAUGUUUCUUUGUCUAAUGUACAUUCCAUAUGUGGGACACAUAAUGUGAUACAUCUUGAACUUUGACAGUUGUUACUGUAAUUUUUUAAAUAUAAAUUUUACUUCAAAGAGUGAACUCUUAUACCUUGUAUACUAGUGGUUUGAUUAAACAAACUUCUCAAUUUUGGUUCCAUAAACAUAGAAUAUUAUUUGUUAAGAUUUGAUUAGUCCCCAAAGAUUGUAUUAUGUCCAAUUGAUGUCUAUCAAAUGAAAGGCCUUAACUGGGUUUAGUGGAGGUACAUCAUGUACAUAUGACAAUGAUUAAACUUGAUUAUGAGA